CCGCAUAAAACCUCCCACAAAUCUUUAAAAAACGAAUAUCGAAAGCGAGAGAGAAAGUUACUAUAGGGAAGAGCCGCAACCACUCCCGCUUUUUAAGUUGGAAACAUUCAUCAAACAGGCCACCCAUCAACCUAACCCCACCUUCUCCUUAUAAUAACCCCCCUACCUCGUCUGGUUUCAUUGCAUUGCACUUGCUCCAUCCAGGAAACUGGCCACGAACCCAUACCCAAGAACCAUCUCUCAGGCUCCCACGAUCGCAAUACCCCCAGAGCUCUGGUUCUUGAAAGACCCCGCAAUCUGACCAGCCAUGGAUAGGUUUCUCAUGCAGGUUCUGGUUUGCACCACCUUGGUCGUGUCCAUGAUCGUGCUAUCCUCUGCGCAGACGUGCUCCAACUAUGCCUUCGCUGGCAACAAGAUGUUCAGCUCCUGCACUGAUCUGCCUUACCUGAACUCGUCCCUCCACUGGACUUACGACUCGUCGACCAACACGGCCCAGAUAGCCUACAGGCACACCGCGGUGGACACGUCGAAGUGGGUGGCUUGGGCCAUCAACCCGAACUCCACCGGCAUGGUCGGGGCUCAGGCGCUUGUGGCGUACCAGCAAUCUGAUGGGACCAUGAAGGCCUAUACGUCUCCGAUCAGUGGGUACCAGACCCAGUUGCAGGAGGGGGAUCUGAGCUUUAAUGUGUCUGAUCUCUCUGCAACUUAUGCGAGCAAUGAGAUCAUCAUCUUUGCCACCAUAGUCCCCCCAGAUAAUGGCGCGGUGAACCAGGUUUGGCAAGAAGGCCCGCUCUCCGGCGGGUCCCCCAGCGCACAUGCCACUACCGGUGCUAAUGUUCAGUCCAAGGCUACUCUAAAUUUCGCCUCUGGUCAGACUGGGACAUCUGGGGGAGGCAACAAUGAGACAGGAAAGGGGAAUGUUAGUGACAGUAAUACAUGCUCCAACUAUGCCUUCUCCGGCAACAAGGUGUUCAGCUCCUGCACUACCCUGCCUUACCUGAGCUCGUUCCUCCACUGGACUUAUGACUCAUCGACCAACAAGGUCCAGAUAGCCUACAGGCACACCUCCGUGGACACAUCAAAGUGGGUGGCUUGGGCCAUCAACCCGACCUCCACCGGCAUGGUCGGGGCUCAGGCGCUUGUGGCGUACCAGCAAUCUGAUGGGACCAUGAAGGCCUAUACGUCUCCGAUCAGUGGGUACCAGACCCAGUUGCAGGAGGGUGCUCUGAGCUUUAAUGUGUCUGAUCUCUCUGCAACUUAUGCGAGCAAUGAGAUCAUCAUCUUUGCCACCAUAAUCCCCCCAAGCAAUGGCGUGGUGAACCAGGUUUGGCAAGAUGGCCCGCUAUCCGGUGGGACCCCCACCGUACAUGCCACUACCGGUGCUAAUGUUCAGUCCAUGGGGACUCUGAACUUUGCCUCUGGUCAGGCUGGGUCUUCUGGGGGUGGCAACUCAAAGAUAAGAAAGAGGAAUACACAUGGAGUACUCAAUGCUGUGAGCUGGGGGACUUUGAUGCCUAUUGGUGCCAUCAUAGCCAGAUACUUGAAGGUGUCCAAAGCUGCGGACCCAGCAUGGUUUUACCUCCAUGUCGCAUGCCAAUCCUCGGCCUACAUCGUCGGCGUUGCCGGAUGGGCAACCGGUCUUAAACUUGGCAGCGAGUCGCCCGGCAUAACUUACACCGCUCACAGGACAAUCGGCAUUGUCCUGUUCUGCCUUGGCACACUUCAGGUGUUUGCUUUGCUCCUAAGGCCCAAGAAGGACCACAAAUACAGAUUCUACUGGAACAUCUACCAUUACUCCAUGGGUUACAUGGUUAUCGUCCUCAGCAUCGUCAACAUAUUCAAGGGGUUCGACAUCUUGGACCCCGAGAAGAAGUGGAAGGACGCUUACAUUGGAGUGAUCGUGGCCUUGGGUUGCGUCGCCGUGGUUUUGGAAGCGUUCACUUGGCAAGUGGUUUUGAAGCGGAGGAGGUCGCAAGGCGGAUCGAAAAUGCCCCCCGGCAUGAAUGGAUCCAAUGGUUACAAUCACAACGGAUACGGUGCAAGGCCACACCAGGAGGCGUAAAGAGUGAAUUUAUCAGAUCGUGGCUGUGGGUCUCUUUGCCCUUCCUUUCAUCUUUACUUUCUCUUCCUUUGUAUGGGGUAUAGGGUUCACAAUGAUGCAUACUAUGUAAAUUCUAUACACGAUUUCAUUCAGUUACAUGUUAUAUGUUGUUGAGAGGAGUUUAGGACAUAGCAGUAAUUCUUUCAUAGCUUUUCUUAGGAAUGUAUCCUCUGGAUUUUGGCUUUCCCCAGGUUUCUUGGGACUUCGUACUUUCCGGUGUUAUUACUGAAUAUCACUCCAUGCCUUCUUUCUUUGUUUCUAA